GCACUGCACAGAAAACAGAAACUUAGAUUUUUCAUGAGGAAAUGAAACUAAAACCUGCAGAUUAACUAGGAAGGACUGGGAGAAAUUUCAGCCACUGCUGCACAACAGAACCUCUUCAGCACUGGUUUGUCUGGGUUUGCUUUUAAAGCUCUGUCCUGCAUUAACAUGACAUCCACACUGACAUUUGAGUUUCAGCCAGACAUCGAGGGCAUUCUGUCCGUGAAGAGUGAACUGAAAGAAAAGGAUUGUGAGGACAAGGUUCUCCUCUCCAACCUGGAUUAUGCUGAGAGCAUCUUCAGGAACAGUCUGCUCAGCAGUUCCAUGAGACUGGUGGUUGUAGGAGAAUGGCAGUGCGUCCGAAUUGGCACUGCUGAUGACCUCAUCUACACCGUAGUAUUAGAAGGUGGCCAUGUUCACCUGGACAGCUACAUCUACUGCAGUGACUAUGUCGGCGAGUCAGACAUCCAGAGCAUCCACUUUAGCAUGCACUGCUGCCAAAACGAAGCCAAAUCCUGUUUCCAACAAGCUAAAGAGGCAGCCAAGGCAAGUAAAGUACAAGCGCUGAAGAUUGUGUGCAACAGGUUUUCGGUCUUGUACACUUCCACAAAUUCACCAGAGAAGAUUGUGACAAUCAAAACCAAAUGCGAGUUUACGUUUUCUUUCAUAACAGUCGAAGGACUACUUAAAAGAAAGUGCUGGAUGGAGAAAGAGAUGGCCAACCGUAAAGUUCUGCUCGCAGGUAUUGAACAUCUUAUUAAGAUGUUUCUCACUUUGCCGAAUCCUCCAAAGUAUAAUUGCAAGUUCAUUAUACAGGGAGAUGGAGAAAUGAUUGAAAUUUCAACCAGCAACAAAUCUCAGGAAUACAUUAUACUAAUGGACAGUGAGAGCCAAAAGGUCUCAAUGUAUCCAUCAUCAUGGUACAAAAGCUGAGAAGACUGGCUACUGGACAUGUGACACCUACAAACACUGAACUGAACAUUCUCAACUGUACAUCACUGCUAUACAGAUGUUUGUACACACCCUUUCUCAUUCAAUUUGUUUAUGCAUUUAUAAUUUGCAUAUGAGAUUAGGAAGAAAACAAAAAAGUAUUAAACAAUCUAAAAUCUAAAAAAUGUUUUAUGCUUUAGAUUCUUCAAAGUACCACCUUCUGCUUAGAUGCCAACUGAUUCUCUCAGUCAGUUUUUUGAGGUAGAACCUGGAAUGGUUCUUUAACUGUCUUUGAUGGGCGGCACGGUGGCUUAGUGGUUAGCACGUUCGCCUCUCAGCACUGGGGUCUUGGGUUCAAGUCCCUAUCUGGGUCAAGCCAUGUUCUCCCCGUGUCUGCGUGGAUUUCCUCCGGGGACUCUGGUUUCCUCCCACAGUCCAAAAACAUGGAGAUCAGGUAAAGUCCAGAAAAAUUGAUUACUCUAAAUUGAUCUGGUGUGUAUGUGUAAGUGUGUGGUAUGUAUGUAGGUUUGUGUGUGUGAAAGUGUGUGUGUAAAUGUAUGUAUGAGUGUGCCCAGAUAUGGAUUGGCACUCUGUCCUGGGUAAUUGCUGUAGUUCCUGAUGCAGUCCUCCAGGUGGACGGUGGUUUCCGGUUGAGAGUACGCUGUGCGCUAUUGGCUGCUGCUUCUCACCGGUGGGUGGAUGAGUGUUAAUGUGUAAUGUGCUUGUGUGUAAAACGUGUUAAUUGUAAGAAAGGCGCUAUAUAAGUUGAAAUUCAUUCAUUCAUUCAUUUAAGGAGUUCUA